AUGGACCCGUAUCUGGGCAUCUUCUUCCUCACUCCCUUCUUCCAAUCCUGCUGUGCCUGGUCAGUGAAUAAUUUCCUGAUGACGGGCCCCAAGGCCUAUCUCAUCUACUCCAGCAGCGUGGCAGCUGGGGCGCAGAGCGGCAUCGAAGAGUGCAAGUUCCAGUUUGCCUGGGACCGUUGGAAUUGCCCGGAGAGGGCACUGCAGCUCUCCAGCCACGGCGGGCCGCGCAGCGCAAAUCGAGAAACCGCCUUUGUCCACGCCAUCAGCUCUGCGGGCGUCAUGUACACGCUGACCCGGAACUGCAGCCUGGGGGAUUUUGACAAUUGUGGCUGUGAUGACUCCCGCAAUGGACAGCUGGGGGGGCAAGGCUGGCUGUGGGGAGGCUGCAGUGAUAACGUUGGCUUUGGGGAAGCCAUUUCCAAGCAAUUUGUGGAUGCCCUGGAGACUGGACAAGAUGCCAGAGCUGCUAUGAACCUGCAUAACAACGAGGCAGGUAGAAAGGCUGUGAAAGGGACCAUGAAGCGUACUUGCAAAUGCCACGGUGUGUCAGGGAGCUGCACCACCCAGACCUGCUGGCUGCAGCUGCCUGAGUUUCGGGAGGUGGGCACUUACCUCAAAGAGAGGUACCACAAAGCCCUGAAGGUGGACUUGCUCCAGGGGGCAGGGAAUAGCGCUGCUAGCCGGGGUGCCAUCGCCGAGACUUUCAGCUCCAUCUCCAAGAAGGAGCUGGUCCAUUUAGAAGACUCUCCCGACUAUUGCCUGGAGAACAAGACACUGGGGCUGCUGGGCACAGAGGGCAGGGAGUGCCUGAAGAGGGGCAAGGCACUCAGCAAGUGGGAGAAGCGGAGCUGCCGGCGGCUGUGUGGGGACUGCGGGCUGGCUGUAGAGGAGAGGCGAGCCGAGAUGGUGUCUAGCUGCAACUGCAAGUUCCACUGGUGCUGCGCCGUGCGGUGUGAGCAGUGCCGCAAAAGGGUCACCAAGUACUUCUGCGUACGCAAGGAGAAGCGGGAGCGGAGCGGGGGUGGCGGGGCCAGCCGCAAGCUCAAGCGAAAGCUCUAA